UGGAACAUUUCAUCAAUAAAAGUGUGAAAAGUGUCAACUGCUGUUUCCUUGUAAACAAUGAAAAAUUACGUGAAUUUACGAUGUUAAAUGUGUAAUACAAACAUUAAUAACUCUUUAUAAAAGUUGUGUGGCAAAAGUGAUCAAGAUGUUAGGCCAAAGGCCAAGGUUUAUUAAGCCAGGAGACGAGUCACUAUAUCCUACGAAAAACAAAGAUGGCGCUGUAGAAACAUUAGUAAACCCAAACGCAGACACUGCAUUAUCAAUAGACAAUGAUUCUCGGACUUCAUUCGUUUACAACCGAUAUCACCACUUACCAUUGACAACACAACGGCAGAGACUGCCCGUGUUUCAGUAUAAGAACCAUAUACUUUAUUUAUUGGAAAGAUAUCAAACACUGGUGUUAAUUGGGGAGACGGGAUGUGGGAAAUCAACGCAGGUGCCGCAGUACCUCCACGACAUCGGUCACCGAGUAUGCGUGACGCAGCCUCGCGUGGCCGCUGCAGUGUCUCUCGCGAGCCGCGUGGCCGACGAGCGCGACACCACGCUCGGAGACCAGGUUGGAUAUGCUGCCGCCGGCACCAGCUGCAGGACAGCAACUACUGGGAUUAUGUUCAUGACAGAAGGUGUGCUUCUAAGAGAAAUGUUCGCGUCGCCUCUAUUGAUGCAGUAUUCCUGUAUAGUUUUAGAUGAGGUACACGAAAGAACACAAAUGACUGACGUUUUAAUGGGACUUCUCAAGAAAAUUAUAAAGAAACGCAAAACCCUGAAGCUGGUAAUAUCCUCAGCUACUAUGGACGCGGAGUUCCUCAGAGACUUCUUCAACUUGAAUGUUAACAAGAAGGACAAAGCCAGUACAUCCGUCAUCAUGUCUAUGGAAGGCAGGACUCAUCCCAUAGAUGUGUUUUACACUGAAGAGCCCGUACCUGACUACGUCAAAGCAACAGUUGAGACAGUUAUCAAAAUACACGAAAACGAACCGUUUGGUGAUAUCCUUGCGUUUCUUACAUCACAGGAAGAAAUCCUCACCGCAUUAGAAACUCUCCAAAUAUACUCAGAACAGAACAACGACGCAAACAAACAUCGAACCCACUUCCCGAGCGGUAUAAAAGCCGCCAACCUACUCGCCGUGCCCAUGUACGGCAGUUUGCCGCAUUACAAACAGAUCAGAGUGUUUCAGAGAACGGAGAGUAAUGUCAGGAAGAUUGUGCUAGCUACGAAUGUGGCUGAAACUAGUAUCACUAUACCUGGGAUUGUAUAUGUGAUAGACUGCGGCUUCCACAAGCUGCCGUACUUUUCCCCAGCAGUGGGCGUGGAGAGCCUCGCCGCCUGCCCCGUCGCGCGGGACAACGCGGCGCAGCGCGCGGGACGCUGCGGCAGGACGCAGCGGGGGAAGUGCUACAGAUUAUAUACAGAAGCUGAGUUUGACAAGCUGUCGCCAUCAGUCCCGCCCGAGAUGUGUCGCAGCGACCUGUCCUCAGUACUGCUGCAGCUGAAGGCUCUAGGGAUAGAUAACUUGCUCAGGUUCACAUUCCCCACGCCCCCUCCGGCCAAGAGCAUCCUGUCGGGGCUGGAGUUACUGUACGCCCUGCAGUGCGUGGACAGCGGCGGCGGCCUGAGCGCAGCAGGAGAGCGCGCGGCCGAGCUGCCGCUGCGGGCCGCGCCUGCCGUCAUGCUGCUGCGGAGCGGUGAAUGGGGCUGUAUAGACGAGGCGCUAUCCAUCGCGGCCAUGUUGCAAGUGGACAGCGUGUUCCUCAAGCCCAGCGGUGGGAAGGAAGCUGUGGCUGCUAGAGUGUGCCGGAGAAAUAACUUUGAGGUAGCAGAGGGAGACAUAAUAAUGUACCUGAAUAUCUUAGAAGCUUAUUUGAAACUGAAGUCUUCUCAAGAUGAGAAGAGAGUGAAGAAGGCGUGUAAGCAGUGGUGCCAGAAGUAUUACAUCAACCAUAGGGUUAUCGAGAAGGCUUGCGAAGUGAGAGAUAGCUUAGAAAAAUUAAUCAAAGGAAAGUUUCAACUGAAGAACAAAGAAUUUGAAGAGAUUGACUUGAGAGCAGGUAAAACCCAGCGCGUCAUGAAGUGCGUGUUAUCGGGCUACUUCCCGCAGGCCGCGUACCUGAGCCCCGCCGGGAGCUACCGCGGCCUGCGCGGCGCCACACUACACGUCAGUCCCGAUAGCUGUCUGUUUAGAGUGCAGCAACCUAAAUGGGUAAUGUUUGCAAGCGUGCAAAGCUCAGGCGACAAAACUUACAUGCGAGAGAUGAUGACUAUAGAACAACGGUGGUUGUUAGAUAUAGCCCCACAUUACUAUAAGCUGACGUGACGGUGUAUUGACAAUGUGUAUAUUAAAUUAAUUGAUAUUA